CCUUCCCCUGCUCCCCGCCCGCCCGCUGCCGCUUCACCCGCGCGGGCGGCCGCCACGCGAGCUGCGGCCUCCGCCCAGGCGGGGGGCGUCGGCGCCGGGCCCACCAUGGCCGCGUCCGAGCUCUACACCAAGUUUGCCAGGGUUUGGAUACCUGAUCCUGAGGAAGUGUGGAAGUCAGCAGAGUUGCUGAAAGAUUAUAAGCCUGGAGAUAAAGUGCUCCUGCUUCACCUUGAGGAAGGGCAGGAUUUGGAAUACCGUCUAGAUCCCAAGACCAAGGAGCUGCCUCACUUACGGAACCCAGACAUCCUUGUGGGUGAGAAUGACCUCACCGCCCUCAGCUACCUUCAUGAGCCUGCGGUGCUGCAUAACCUCCGAGUUCGCUUCAUUGACUCCAAACUCAUUUAUACGUAUUGUGGAAUAGUCCUAGUAGCUAUAAAUCCCUAUGAACAGCUGCCUAUUUAUGGAGAAGACAUUAUUAAUGCAUACAGUGGCCAGAACAUGGGUGACAUGGAUCCUCACAUCUUUGCAGUAGCUGAAGAGGCUUAUAAGCAAAUGGCAAGGGAUGAACGAAAUCAGUCCAUCAUUGUAAGUGGAGAGUCGGGCGCAGGAAAGACGGUCUCAGCUAAAUAUGCCAUGCGAUACUUCGCAACUGUAAGUGGUUCUGCCAGUGAGGCCAAUGUCGAGGAAAAGGUCUUGGCCUCCAACCCCAUCAUGGAGUCAAUUGGAAAUGCCAAAACAACCAGGAAUGAUAAUAGCAGCCGGUUUGGGAAAUAUAUUGAAAUUGGUUUUGAUAAGAGAUAUCGAAUCAUCGGUGCCAAUAUGAGAACUUACCUUUUAGAGAAAUCCAGAGUGGUAUUCCAGGCAGAAGAGGAGAGAAACUACCAUAUCUUCUACCAGCUCUGUGCUUCAGCAAAGCUACCUGAGUUUAAAAUGCUGCGAUUAGGAAACGCAGACAGUUUUCAUUACACAAAGCAAGGAGGCAGCCCUAUGAUCGAAGGAGUGGAUGAUGCGAAGGAGAUGGCACACACCAGGCAGGCCUGCACUCUGCUGGGAAUUAGUGAAUCUUACCAAAUGGGAAUUUUUAGAAUACUUGCUGGCAUCCUUCACUUAGGCAAUGUUGGAUUUGCAUCUCGAGAUGCAGACAGCUGCACAAUACCUCCCAAGCACGAGCCACUUAUCAUCUUCUGUGACCUCAUGGGUGUGGAUUAUGAAGAGAUGUGUCACUGGCUCUGCCACCGAAAGCUGGCUACUGCCACAGAGACAUACAUCAAGCCCAUCUCUAAGCUGCAGGCCACAAAUGCCCGAGAUGCUUUAGCAAAGCACAUCUAUGCCAAACUCUUUAACUGGAUUGUAGACCAUGUCAAUCAGGCUCUCCAUUCUGCUGUCAAGCAGCAUUCUUUCAUUGGCGUGCUGGAUAUUUACGGAUUUGAAACAUUUGAGAUAAAUAGUUUUGAACAGUUCUGCAUAAAUUAUGCAAAUGAAAAACUACAGCAACAAUUCAACAUGCAUGUCUUCAAAUUGGAACAGGAAGAAUAUAUGAAGGAACAAAUUCCAUGGACACUCAUAGAUUUCUAUGAUAAUCAGCCUUGUAUCAAUCUUAUAGAAUCUAAAAUGGGCAUUCUAGAUUUGCUGGAUGAGGAGUGUAAGAUGCCUAAAGGCACAGAUGAUACCUGGGCUCAAAAACUGUACAACACACAUUUAAACAAAUGUGUCCUCUUUGAGAAGCCACGUAUGUCAAACAAAGCCUUCAUCAUCAAACAUUUUGCUGACAAAGUAGAGUACCAGUGUGAAGGCUUUCUUGAAAAGAAUAAAGACACCGUUUUUGAAGAACAAAUUAAAGUCCUUAAGUCAAGCAAGUUUAAGAUGCUACCAGAACUAUUUCAAGAUGACGAGAAGGCCAUCAGUCCCACCUCCGCCACCUCUUCAGGGCGCACGCCUCUCACUCGAGUUCCUGUAAAGCCCACCAAGGGCCGACCUGGCCAGAUGGCCAAAGAGCACAAGAAAACAGUAGGACACCAGUUUCGGAACUCUCUUCACCUGCUUAUGGAAACCCUUAAUGCCACGACUCCUCACUACGUACGCUGCAUUAAGCCUAAUGAUUUCAAGUUUCCAUUCACAUUUGAUGAGAAAAGGGCAGUGCAGCAACUAAGAGCAUGUGGUGUCCUGGAGACCAUCCGAAUCAGUGCAGCGGGUUUUCCCUCACGGUGGACUUACCAAGAGUUUUUCAGCCGGUAUCGGGUCCUAAUGAAGCAAAAGGAUGUGCUGGGAGAUAGAAAGCAAACGUGCAAGAAUGUAUUAGAGAAACUGAUAUUGGACAAGGACAAAUACCAGUUUGGUAAGACAAAGAUCUUUUUCCGUGCCGGUCAAGUGGCCUAUCUAGAAAAAUUGAGGGCUGACAAGUUGAGGGCUGCCUGCAUCCGGAUCCAGAAGACCAUCCGUGGGUGGCUGCUAAGGAAGAAAUACCUGUGCAUGCAGAGGGCAGCCAUCACAGUGCAGCGAUACGUGCGGGGCUACCAGGCUCGAUGCUAUGCCAAGUUUCUGCGCAGGACCAAGGCAGCAACCACCAUUCAAAAGUACUGGCGCAUGUAUGUGGUCCGCAGGAGGUACAAGGUUCGACGAGCGGCCACUAUUGUUCUUCAGUCUUAUUUGAGAGGCUAUUUGGCAAGAAAUCGAUAUCGCAAGAUACUCCGUGAGCACAAAGCAGUCAUCAUCCAGAAACGUGUCCGUGGCUGGCUGGCUCGUACACAUUAUAAGAGGACCAUGCAAGCCAUCAUCUACCUUCAGUGCUGCUUCCGGCGAAUGAUGGCCAAGCGUGAGCUGAAGAAACUGAAAAUUGAGGCUCGCUCUGUGGAACGCUACAAGAAGCUCCACAUUGGCAUGGAAAACAAGAUUAUGCAGCUGCAGCGCAAAGUGGAUGAGCAGAAUAAAGACUACAAAUGCCUCAUGGAGAAACUGACCAAUCUGGAAGGACUAUACAACUCUGAGACUGAAAAACUACGAAAUGAUGUAGAACGUCUUCAGCUAAGUGAGGAGGAAGCUAAGGUUGCCACUGGCCGCGUCCUUAGUCUACAGGAAGAAAUUGCCAAACUCCGCAAAGACCUGGAACAAACUCGAUCAGAGAAAAAAUGCAUUGAAGAACGAGCAGAUAAAUACAAACAAGAAACUGAGCAGCUGGUGUCAAAUUUGAAGGAAGAAAAUACUUUGCUGAAACAGGAAAAGGAGACCCUCAAUCACCUCAUUGUGGAGCAGGCUAAGGAGAUGACAGAAACUAUGGAGAAGAAGUUAGUAGAAGAGACAAAACAGCUGGAGAUUGACCUGAAUGAUGAAAGGCUGAGGUACCAGAACCUUCUGAAUGAGUUCAGUCGUCUGGAGGAGCGCUAUGACGACCUCAAGGAGGAGAUGACCCUGAUGCUGAAUGUGCCUAAGCCAGGACACAAGAGAACGGACUCUACCCACAGCAGCAAUGAGUCUGAAUACACCUUCAGCUCUGAAUUUGCAGAAACUGAAGACACUGCACCAAGGACAGAGGAGCCAAGUGAGAAGAAGGUGCCUCUGGACAUGUCAUUGUUCCUUAAGCUCCAGAAGCGUGUCACAGAGCUGGAGCAGGAGAAGCAGAUACUGCAGGAUGAGCUGGACAGAAAGGAGGAGCAGGUGUUCCGCAGCAAGGCAAAGGAGGAAGAAAGACCACAAAUUAGAGGUGCAGAACUGGAAUAUGAGUCCCUCAAGCGUCAAGAACUGGAAUCAGAAAACAAAAAACUGAAAAAUGAGCUGAACGAGUUACGCAAAGCUCUCAGUGAGAAAAGCGCCCCCGAAGUGACUGCACCAGGUGCUCCUGCCUACCGUGUCCUCAUGGAACAGCUGACCUCCGUGAGCGAGGAGCUCGAUGUCCGCAAGGAGGAAGUCCUCAUCUUGCGGUCUCAGCUGGUGAGCCAGAAAGAAGCCAUCCAACCCAAAAACACCAUGACAGAUUCCACAAUACUUUUGGAAGAUGUACAGAAAAUGAAAGACAAAGGUGAAAUCGCACAAGCAUAUAUUGGUUUGAAAGAAACCAACAGGCUCUUGGAAUCCCAGCUGCAGUCGCAGAAGAGGAGCCAUGAGAAUGAGGCCGAGGCCCUCCGUGGGGAGAUCCAGAGCCUGAAGGAAGAGAACAACCGGCAACAGCAGCUGCUGGCCCAGAACCUGCAGCUGCCCCCCGAGGCCCGCAUUGAGGCCAGCCUGCAGCAUGAGAUCACACGGCUGACCAACGAAAACCUGUAUUUUGAGGAAUUAUAUGCAGAUGACCCUAAGAAGUAUCAAUCAUAUCGGAUUUCACUUUACAAAAGGAUGAUUGAUUUGAUGGAACAGCUUGAAAAGCAGGAUAAAACUGUCCGGAAACUGAAAAAACAACUGAAAGUCUUCGCCAAAAAAAUUGGUGAACUAGAAGUGGGUCAGAUGGAGAACAUAUCUCCAGGACAGAUCAUUGAUGAGCCUAUCCGGCCAGUCAAUAUUCCCCGGAAAGAAAAGGAUUUCCAAGGAAUGCUGGAGUACAAACGGGAGGAUGAGCAGAAGCUUGUUAAGAACCUGAUUCUAGAAUUGAAGCCACGUGGUGUGGCUGUCAAUCUGAUUCCAGGGUUACCAGCAUAUAUCUUAUUUAUGUGUGUGCGACAUGCUGACUACCUGAAUGAUGAUCAGAAAGUAAGAUCAUUGCUGACGUCAACCAUUAACAGCAUCAAAAAGGUCUUGAAGAAACGAGGUGACGAUUUUGAAACUGUCUCCUUCUGGCUCUCGAACACGUGCCGAUUCUUGCACUGUUUGAAGCAGUAUAGUGGAGAGGAGGGCUUCAUGAAACACAACACAUCUCGCCAGAAUGAACACUGCCUCACCAAUUUUGACCUUGCUGAAUACCGGCAAGUGCUGAGCGACUUGGCCAUUCAGAUCUACCAGCAGCUUGUGAGGGUGUUAGAGAACAUCCUUCAGCCAAUGAUAGUCUCAGGCAUGCUGGAGCAUGAAACAAUCCAGGGUGUGUCCGGGGUCAAGCCCACAGGGCUCAGAAAGCGCACCUCCAGUAUCGCAGACGAGGGCACCUACACCCUGGACUCCAUCCUGCGGCAGCUCAACUCCUUCCAUUCAGUCAUGUGUCAGCAUGGCAUGGACCCAGAGCUAAUCAAGCAAGUGGUCAAGCAGAUGUUCUACAUCGUGGGUGCCAUCACCCUAAACAACCUCCUCCUGCGCAAGGACAUGUGCUCUUGGAGCAAAGGCAUGCAGAUCAGGUACAAUGUCAGUCAAUUGGAAGAAUGGCUACGUGACAAGAAUCUAAUGAACAGCGGGGCCAAAGAGACUCUGGAACCUCUCAUUCAGGCUGCUCAACUUUUGCAAGUGAAAAAGAAAACCGAUGAUGACGCCGAAGCCAUCUGCUCCAUGUGCAAUGCCCUGACCACUGCCCAGAUCGUCAAGGUAUUGAAUCUCUACACACCCGUUAAUGAGUUUGAAGAAAGGGUCUCUGUUUCAUUUAUCCGCACUAUCCAGAUGCGAUUACGAGACAGGAAAGACUCUCCACAGCUGCUCAUGGAUGCUAAACACAUCUUUCCUGUCACUUUCCCCUUUAACCCAUCCUCCCUGGCCCUAGAAACCAUCCAGAUCCCAGCCAGCCUGGGCCUGGGCUUCAUUGCCCGGGUCUGAAGCACUGUCCAGGCAAACAGAGCAUAAGAACAGUCGUUUCCGGUGAGCUGGUGAAAAUGCAUUUCUAAAGAAAGAGCACUGAUCAUCUCUAAAGGAAGACGUUAUUAACUGGAAACCCCCCUGGACCCUUUCACUGGGAAGAGACGCCGUGUCCUGGGUCACCUUUAAAGCACCGUUCUUCUUCAUCAGUUGAGUUUACAUACAGCUAAAUAAUGGCAAGGAGGAAUGAAAGGAGGGGAAGCAGUGUGUGUCUUCAGCUGACAGCAUUGAUUUUAAAUCUUUAGUGCUGCACUAAGUGACAUACAAAAGUACAAUUCCAUAUGUAUGAACUGUUGUUAGCAAGGCACAGAGAAAGAACCGAAAGACAAAUCACCACUGAACACAUAUCAUAUCAGCUUAGGAGCCAAUCAUGUUGAUAUUGUCAAACUGGAUCAAAAAAAUAAACUGGCAAUAUGUAAAGUAGUUGCCCAAGUAACGUCCUUCUGUGUGUCGUCAUGGUACAGCAACUGUAAAGAUGCUGGUUUCCUGGGUAGCGUAGCUGACCUUUUGUACUGUAGCUUACCAAGCAUCUGAAAUUACUGCUGUGUGCCGUCUCCUGACCUAAGUGAUGCUCUUAUUAGGCACUACACAGUGAGCUUCUCUUUCAUCACUCAGUUUACAAUUCAACCAGAUCAGUUUUAACUGGAGUAUAUGCAAUUAUCCACAGGUUCAUCUGCACAAGGAACAGACACUGGAAGUCGUGUAGUAGUAGGACAGGUUGCUUGAUGUUUAGUGUAGAGUUAGAGUGGCUGCCGAUGUCAUUGCUGAUCAGGAUGUGUUACAUUGAUAUGCUAAUUAAUUUUACCUGUGUGGAUAUCACAUCAUGGUAUAGUGUUCUGUAAAAUUACUUAUUUUUAGUUCCCAAAUCUGAUUCUUGCCAUGCAUAUAUUCAACCUUAACAGGUUCUAUUUUUAAUUUAUUAAGUGUUAGCCUCAGUCACUAUCUAGAAAGGACUGUCAGAAUAUUUAUGAUUCAGAUCUUGAAACUUUGAUUAUCCUAUUAAGUUAUUCAAAAAAGACAUAAUAAAUCAUUAUAAUUCAGGGGGUUCAGGUGUUGCAACCUCUAUAAAUGUUCUCAGAUAUCACUGGAUACUUUAAAAACAUCAUAUUAUAAAUACAUUAAGAAGAUUUAUGUAAGAAAUAUAAGAAGAUUAUUACAUUUUAUAGAGGAUUUGGUUUAAGUAAGACCUAGAUUCUGUAAAUUUUCAUUAUGAAAUUCUAAUUAAGCAUAUUCUCCAUUUUUUCCCUGGAAAUCUUAUAUAAUAAAUCCUUUGGGUUAUGCAAGGAAAAAUUCUUAGCUUUUAUUCCUCUGUUCUUAAUUACAAUCAUCAGUUUAUAUAGUUUAACUGUAAGAUGGUCUAUAAUAGUGACAUUUAAAUAUGUGCAAUAUUAUUGAUGAGAGCUAAACAGUUUCAAGUCAAUGAUAAAUACUGUUAUUAAACAGCGGUUAUUGUCCAUUAUCUGACUGGAGCCUGAAUGUCCUUGUUUAUAAAAUAAGAGGGUGGGACAAGUGGUUGUUCCAGCCGCUUCCCCAUUUACAGUUCCCUGUGCUUGGUUCCUAGAGGAAGGAACCAUAGUUACUCAGUCCAUCCUGUUGGAAAGACCAGUGUUUAGUGCCUGUCAGUUCCCUAGGGUUAAUACAGUAAUCACAAGUUUAUAUAGCCACAAUGUUUUCUUAACAUACAUCAUUUAGAUACUUAGAAAAAUCCUAAUAUAUUUGUAUUCUUUGAAAGUUACUUAGUUGAGGUAAUUUUUGUUACAUGAUGAACUGCUUUUUUGUUUGGAGAUUUUGUUUUUUGUAGUGCUAGGAAUUGAACCCAGGGCCUCGUGUAUGUUAAAUAAGUACUAUCACUGAGUUACAGUCUCAACCCUUUAUCAGUUCUAAUACAUUUAUUUAUUUGCAGAACCUAAAACACUAAUUCAACCAGAUUCAGUUUUCAUGGAUUUUCCACCUGGUUUCAGUUACUGCUCCGAGCCGUAACUAACCACAUUAGUGCUGUGUGUCACACCACAGAGGCGUGCGGUGGAGAGUUGCUAAGCGAACAGAGCCAUGUGUAGGCUGUCUUCCCUCCGCCCCAGCAGUCCUCCACACCCUGCUCCCAGCUUAAUCCUGUGUAGACGGCUGAUGUACACCCUGAGUUUUGUCUUCAAGACCACGCUAUCAUAGCCACUGUCCCUGCGGCCCUUUUUCCUUACUCCAGACAUUGGGUCCUACAGCUUCUGGCAAUUUCUCUCAUGUAUUUUUCUCUGCUGUCAAGAACCAGAGCUCCUGCUCCAUAGCUGUUCCCUCUGCAGUUUCUCCUGUUCAGUGACAGUGGCUCAGAGUUUCUAUGAUUCCAAGCUCCAACUCUUUCAAGCUCAAAACCUGGUAGGACACUGUGUGUACUUUGUUAAGGAGGCACCAGGUUUCCGCUGACUAGGUAGGAUCCCCUCCACUCUGUCAUCAGUAUCCCCAGCUUCAGACACACACCCAGCUUCCCUCUGCCUGGCCCACUUUCCCACCUCUUCCCUCAGCCUAAUUUACCGGCCGGAUGGCUUUCUGUGGCCCUGGUUGGCAUGCAUGGGACUCACCGUUUGGUGUCUGCACACGCCUUUCUGUUCUCAUUUUUGUACUAAGGAUAUCAUUAUCACAAAUUAGCCUUUCCAUAAUUCAACAGUGACACACUUGGCCUCCCGAGAAGGAGCUCUUGAAAGGCAUGACAGCCCAGCACCUCUUCCUCUAGCAGCCCCUGCCGGUACCCACCCACUUUCCCUGCUUCACAGCAGCUCGCACCCUUGGAAUCCAAGGUGAGAAGCAUCAGUUUACCCUUUCCUUCCUGCAGCUUUUCUUAGCCUGAGGCUUGAGUCUGCCUUAGAGUAACUCCCAAGCGGGAAAGAUGAGCAUGGAACAAAAUGCACAAAGGACAGCUUGAUGGUUCCUCUGGAGGCUUUGAGCAUUCCACGUGACCUGGUACUGCUUUGAACGCAGAUAGACCAAACUAGACUCCAAAGCCAAGUGGUAGGACACUUAGAUUUGUGCCACCUUAGAUGACCUGCUUCGUUACUGAUCCAUUUCAGUAGCUAAAGAAAGACUCCUUAUGGGUGAGCAAGUGUGUGUGAUACACACCCUUUAAUAGUGUAUACAGGAGACUGGACAUCCUUUGAGUCUCGGUGUCUUGAUUAUUGUGAGAAAUUACUUUUCUGACAGUUCUAGGAAAAGAGGAGCUAUCACCAUUCUGAGAACCCCACAAGGAAUUCACACACACACACACACACACACACACACACACACACACACACACACGCAGUUGAGAGUUCUUCAGGAGGCGUAAUCCAGGGUCCUCUGGGUAAGACCAACCUCUUAGGAUAGAGAGCAAAGGCCGUGUGUGACCCUGCACGGUCCUGUUGAAAGUAGCACAGAAAUAGUACCACAUGCAUGUGCUUCACGCCAGCACUCUCCUUUGUUACCUCACUUCCUCACAGCGUUGACAGGAGAUGGCUCCCACAAUCAUUGUGAAGGUAAUUCAGGACAAUGAGAUGGUCAGUGACUUGCCUAGGGUGGCCCUGCCCUCUAGCAGGAAGGGCAGAGGCUGUUCUGUCCCUCCAGAUGCCGCGGGGUGACCUGGGCUAGUAAAGGUGUUCUUCAUCUUUACUGGUAUGUGGAAUAGACAGUGAGCACCCACUUACUUCUCGGGAAGCCGGGGCACAGUGCAUAUAGCACCAGCUGUGACUCGACUUGCCUUUUGUCACGAAUCAGUGCUCCUUGACAGGGUAUGGACUCUCAAAUUAGAGGUUGUCCGAACUAAAAGGGCAGGAAGCAGUAAAAACCUCAGAUGUGAAGAGGCAAGGCAGGCCACUCUCCACAACCCUGAGGUUUCCCUGUGAGAGCCUGUGGCUGAGCUGCAUGGCCUACAGAGAACUCUCCUCUAGUUUCAAGCUGCUGCUGCUGCUGCUGCAUAGAGGAGCCCAGGACACUAAGUACCUCCUUCCCUGGGGCUGUCCACCCUAGGUGAGUUGGUGUAAGCUUGGAAGCGCCACAGCACGCUGCAGGGGAGGAGCUAGGAGCUGUGCUGUGGGCUUGCAUGCUUGAGCCACAGGCACUUUGUGCUGUGAGUUGUAGUUUGUUGACAGACUGUGCUGUGAGGGCCGCCUUAACCCUUGCCCCCUCCCUUUUAGAGCUGCCUUAAGUCCCCAGAACUUGUCCUCAGUGAGGGAUAUCUUGCCAUGUUUCUUGAGGUUUUGUGAGGAUUUGGAUGGGAUGCGGCUUCCUGUCACUGAUUUCUUCCUCCCUUUCCUGCGUCUCCCUGCCACCUCUGUACUGUCAUUUCCAAACAGAGACUAGAGUUUAUGAAGCAACCAAGGAAAUGUUAGCUUUAAGAGUGUUUCUGGGGUAGGGUAACUCCCGAUGACAGUAAGCAAAUGCGCACGCACCGAAGCAGGACAGAGGUCAGAGUAUUCGUGGGGGUCUCGCCUUUCACUAACCCUUUGGUAAUAAAGGCAAAAAUACAACUCUAAAAACUUUUUGUGGACAUCCUUUUAAAAUGUAAAGGUGCCCUACUGUGAAAGGCUGAGGAAACACAGAGAAGUAGCUGUGUAAGUUCUAAUCCAUUAGAGUACCUAAAUUAACUGUAGAAUUCUGGUCGGUUUCUCAUAGAUCAAAAACUGAAAGAUGCCAUGUCAGACAUCUCCCAAAUGCAUUUGAUACAUUUUUUUAUUUUAUAAUCUGGUCUAGCUAAAAAUGUUAAUUAGCUUAAUGUCAUGAGUAGAAUUAGACUCAUAACAUAUCUGAAAACAACUAACAUUUCCUUGGCAUUGUGAUAUUGCUUGGAAUAGUUGGGAAAGUUUUGGGUUUCUUUUUGAAGGUUGAAAUUGUCAUAUAUAAUUUAAUGCUUAGAAAGCUAAUGCAUUUCCAUGCCUUUUCCAGAGUCAGUAGUUUCAAAUAACUUACUGUUAUUAUGUGUUAUAAAAUCUUAGCCUAAGUCAGGCAAGCCAUUAUUUUUCCUGAAAACAGUGAUUUCUCCUUUAAAUCUGGAUAAGUGUUGUGAUUUAUGUUCCCUAAUGAUGUUUUUUUGUGGGUUCCUGAGGUAAUAUCGAUUUUCUUGUGUUCUUGGAAAGUUUCAAUUGUCCCAACAGUAUUGCACAGAUGAGUCCAUGGCAUUUAACUUACUGUGUGUUUAUUUUAACUGUUUGUAACUAACUUAUUAUGAAAUGGACCUGCCUUUCAAUACAGUGAAAUGGGACACUACAGUUUUCAAAUCUUUUUCUUCUUUGGAUCUGGAGAAAGAAUUUUCUUGAUCUACACAGUUAAUCUCUGCAAAGUGGUUAGGUGAGGAAGCAGAAAUGCUGAAAGGUGAGAGGCAUUACCAAGCCUCUUCAGGUCUGAACUGAGCCCAUUCCAGAGUGUCUCACGGGAAGUCUUCUAGAAGGUUAACAAUUCACCUCAUAUCAACAAAGCCUUGGAAACAUGAGUUUUUCACUGGAUAUCACCUAAUGCUGAAAGGAAAGCCAAAACAAUAUCAGAAUGACGUUUUAUGCUCUGAAUUUGUAGCUGUCCAACGUUGUAGUUAGUGUGUAUCUCUCAUUAGCACUGUAUUCUCCUAGCUAUUGUAGAAAAUUGUUGAAAUAAAGAUAAGGAUAUAAAGAAA